AUGCGGAAGAAUGCGCGGUUUUCUGGCAUGGGAGUCGGUGGUCUCCACAUGGGCAACCUUGGCCUGAGUAUGGGGCUUCGCACCGGACCGUAUAAUGCCAACGAUAAUAUUGAAGAGACAAAUCCUCUCAUGAAAGGCUUCUACGACUUACGAGAAUACUUGACGACCGUAGAAGGUGAAGCAACGUUUUUAUAUUCGUUGGGUGGGCUGUCGCCUUAUUCGUUCAUAGAUGUACGAGAAUUGGACGCCAUCAAGCUGCUGAAUCCCUUCUUUGAAGUGAUUCGCUCAGGUAACACCACAGGACCUAUUGCAGGAGCCGCCCUGGGCAGUAUUGAAAAGUUUCUUCAAUAUGGCAUUGUUGGCUUGCAUAAUCCCAGCAUUGCAUUUGCCAUGAAUGCUUUAUCUUCGGCUUCAGCACACUGUAAAUUUGAGGCUUCUGAUGCUGCAUCGGAUGAGCUGGUUCUUUUGAAAAUGCUGCAAGUCUUGCAAACGGCGCUUACGAGUGAAUGUGGACAAGUAUUGAGCGACGCGGCCGUGUGUGGCAUGAUGGAAACAGGAUUGACCAUGUGCUGUCAACUCAGAUUAAGCGAAAUGUUGCGGCGAUCGGCGGAACACGCCAUGAGUAAAAUCGUGAUUGCGAUUUUUGAAAGAUUGAAGGAUUUGGAAGAAGAAUGGCAAAUUGUCGAUGUACCCAACGAUGUUGAAAAAGCCAAUCCAGCAUCCUCGAUCGCGCCGCACAUGAGUCCGCCGCGACCGUCGGAUUCACCGCAAACGACCUCGUCCAGUGAAAAGAUUGUCAGUACCAUGGCCGUCGCUGCGCCUUCGACGCCCAACGAGAAUGAAAAAGGAACACAGCCAACCCAGCAGGACGCUACCAAUACAACGUCAUCACCAACGGCAGCAGAGGAGGCAUCACCCACAGAGGAAAAGGAGAAUGGCGUUUCCGAUGAGCAUGUGGAUGAGUUAAAUAAUUUGAUCUUUGCAUUAGAUGAUCAAACCCCGUUAAAGCCAUACGGCUUACCGGCCAUCCAAGAAUUACUGCGUGUCCUCAUCUCCUUGCUGAAUCCACAUGAGCAUAAACACACCGAUUCCAUGCGCAUGAUGGCCCUCAGUAUUUUGAAUGUCGCCUUUGAAGUCGCAGGACGAAGCAUCAGCCGGUUUGACAUACUUCGAUCUCUUGUGACCGAUGAUCUGUGCAAAUACCUCUUUCAGCUUGCAAAAACCAAUUCCACUCCACUACUUGCCUUGACACUUCGCACAAUAACUACGGUUAUCGAUACCACGCGUCCUCAUUUGAAAUUGCAGCAGGAAUUGUUCUUGUUCUUUUUAAUCGAACGGUUGACGUUGAGCACGGGAGGCGCUAAUACGGGCGUGAUGGCGGAUUUGGAUGAAGACGGCAGUAUCGGGUUUGUCCCGUUCAAUCGCGACACGGCACUGGAACAGCGAAAUGGUCAUCACAACGACGUACGCAGCGUGUCUCCCAACAUGUUUCUCGGUAAAACCACCGAUUAUCCGCGUACAGGCAAGGGAUAUCCCGACCACACCGUCCUUUCCACCGAAGUGCGCGAGCUACUCUUGGAGUGUUUGCUGCAAUGUGCACGCAAUCCCACGUUUAUGGUAGAUCUUUGGUACAACUAUGAUUGCGAUCUUACGUGCGGCGAUCUGUUUGAAGAACUGAUCCAGUUCUUGAGUCGAAAUUCAUUCCCAGACAAUACCUAUUCUUCCAGCAAUACGCACGUAUUAUGCCUGGACGCCCUCUUGAUGUUUAUCGAUCACAUUGUCGAUCGCGUCAAUAAUGAGGAAUACACCUCUUCCGAAGAAUUGCUGCGUCGCAAAGCGAGCAAACGCCUGAUCCUGCAAGGCUCGUAUUUGUUCAACGAAAGUCCAAAAAAAGGCAUCAAGUUUUUGGAAGAGAAUGGCGUUAUCAAGCCUUACAAGAACGAUGACGAUGAGAGCCGAAAAAGUCUGGCCAACUUUUUAAGAUCGACUCAGCAAUUGAAUAAGAAGAGUUUGGGCGAAUAUCUCGGUCGACCUGAGAAUUUUGAUCUGCUGCAAGUCUUUAUGCGACAAUUUGAAUUCACAGGGAAACGCAUGGAUGAAGCGUUGCGAGCGGUUCUUGAAACGUUCCGUUUACCUGGAGAAUCACAGCAGAUUAUUCGCGUGACUGAUACGUUUGCCGAUGUGUACUUUGAAACCAAGCCUGAAGAGAUUGCCAAUUCCGAAUCUGCCCAAAUACUUGCGUAUUCCAUCAUCAUGCUCAAUACCGAUCAACAUAAUCCUCAAGUGCGACGUCGUAUGACUCUGGAAGAUUACAUGAGAAAUCUUCGUGGGGUGAAUGGAGGUCAAGAUUUCCCCAAAGAACAUUUGAAACAUAUCUAUGAAGCGAUCAGCAAGGACGAGAUUGUGAUGCCAGAAGAACACGAAGGCCGACUUGGGUUCAACUAUGCAUGGAAACAGUUGCUUCACCGUGCUAAUGUCGCUGGACCGUUCACGAUUUGCAACACAAGUGCCUACGAUAAAGCCGUGUUUGAACUGGCAUGGAAACCCACGGUGGCAGCCAUCUUUUAUGCCUUCACCACGGCGCAAGAUGAUAUUACGCUUCAAAAGGCGAUUUCGGGAUUUCAUCACUGUGCGAUGCUGGCCGCUCAUUUUGAGCUUUAUCAAGUGUUUGACAGUAUUGUGAUUAACCUUGCCAAGAUGACGGGAUUGCUGGAGAAAUCGAAACACAACCAUUCGUUGCCGGAUCCCAUUGUAAAUGUCGAAGGUCAGGAAUACGUGGUCAGUGAACUGGCGGUUCAGUUUGGCCGAGAUUACAAGGGCCAACUUGCCGCGGUCGUCAUCUUUACCAUUGUCACAAGGCACGGCAAUGCACUGAGGAAAGGCUGGACAAAGAUUCUAGAGAUUAUUCGAAAUUUGUUCCUGAAUUCAUUAUUGCCUACGUCCAUGCUGCAAGUGGAAGACUUUUUGUCUGGUACAACAAGUAUUCCCUUGAAACCCAAGACGCCCGUGGCGCCCAAACAACCGAAUCGUCGAGACGGAUCCUUGUUAUCGGCCUUAUCCUCGUACUUGCUUUCACCAUAUUCGCACGAUGAAAGUUAUCGAGCUGAUCCCACCGAAGAAGAAGUCGUCAGCACCAUGUGCGCUGUGGAUUGCAUUGUUGCUUGUCGACUCGAAGAACUGUUUACAGAUAUCAGUAAUCUGAAAAUUGAACCGCUGCAAUCGUUGAUGGAAGCUAUCAUUGCGGUGGGUUAUGACCCAAAGAUUGCCGCCGAGAUGACAAAGGCCACCGAGACGACAGAGACAACAACAACCACACCAGCGACAGCAACCCCGACGAUUCCUUAUGAUCCUGCCACCAUCUUGUUUUUGGAGUUGAUGAUCACCGUGACGAUCCGCAACAGUGAUCGCAUCGAUGAUCUUUGGUGA